UCCCUUGUUCCUUCAUCUCGAUCGCUCAGGAUCCGUCCGUCCAGUCCAGUGUCCAGUCCAUCCAGUAGGCUCUCAGGAUCGACAUGGCCAAGGCCAAGGCACCGGCGUUGCUCAUCUGCUUCCUCUUCCUGAUCGCCCUCGCCUCCGCCGCCGAGAUCAUCGGCAGUAAUGGUGUCGCUGGUGAAGACCUGAACAGCAAAGGUGACGACGUCGACAACCACAAGGGCAACAACAAGGAUGGCAAGGGCAAUCUCAAGCCUUCUCAGUGCGGUGGGGAGUGCAGGCGGAGAUGCUCCAAGACGCACCACAAGAAGCCGUGCCUCUUCUUCUGCAACAAGUGCUGCGCCAAGUGCCUCUGCGUGCCCCCCGGCACCUACGGCAACAAGGACACCUGCCCCUGCUACAACAACUGGAAGACCAAGAGAGGAGGCACCAAGUGCCCUUAAACCUAGCUUAGAUAUAGCUGGUGCUGCAGGAUGGAAUUCUUCCCUCUUUCCGGGCCUGCCUCUUCUAGUCUAGGAAUAAAAAAAACUUUUUUGUUAGUUAGUGUGGGAGGAUUCCCAUGAUUGUUCCAACUAGUGAGAUCGAAACCAAGAACCAAGGGCUCUUCCACAUUUAUGUUCUAUGCUUAGAAUAAAUCAUAAAACUGAAAUCCGUAACUAGUUCCUUGUUUAUACUCUUAGAA